CACGCACGCAACCAGAACAGUUUUGGAGGUACAGUCAGUGUGUGGUUACUGUUAAUACUACUACUAGCGAUGUAUGCAGUUACUAUUAUUCAACCAAAACAAAGUCCGCACGGUUGAAGAUAUCGUGUUGCUAGCAAUUUUACUUGUAUGUGUUGUUAAAACAUCUCUUGGUUGUAUUGAAAAAAAAACAAUAUUGGAGAGCAAUAACGGUUCUGAUCUGAAUUGGAGUAAUUAUUUGAUAAUCAUCAUGUUUAAGUUCUUUUUAUUGAAGUGCAUUGUAUUAUUACUGUGUCUCAAUGUAUGCAAUGGAUUACCGUGGCAACGCGAAAGCAGACUAUCUUUACAAAAUAUUAAUGUAAGGAGGCAAAGAAGUGUAACGGAUAUAUCAAGUCCUGUUGCAGAACCAAAGACUACACCAGAAUCUGAGCCAAAAAGCGAAUCGGAACCUAAACAUGAACCAGAAACUGAAGUUAAAUCUGAGCCAGAAGGUGAGGCAGAAGGCGAACCUGAGCCUGAGCCUGAGCCGGACGCUGAACCAGAACCCGAACCUGAAGAUGAAUCUGGGGGUGAAGCAUUUGCAGAGCCAACACCGAACUGGACUGUCGCAUUUGUGGAGUGGGGCUGGGCUUGGGACUUUCACUGUUAUUUUUGUGGCUUAAUGUUUGCUGCCCUGGCUGCAUACUCGUUUUUCUGUAUCGCCAAAUUGAGCAUGAUCAGACUGCCUAGUAGGACAUAUUUUAUUGCGCUGAACGUAAUCGUCGUGAUUAUGGGCGUGGAUCGUGCUGUAUUUCUCAUCGUUGAUCCAUAUGGAUCGAAGAAUAUUUUACCAUUACCGGUAGUUUAUGUUAUGCUUGGAUUGGGUUUUCCUUGUUUAACUUCAUCGUUUAGUAUCCUGUUUAUGGCGUUGUUGAGUGCUACCAAAAUGCAGCCAUUGUCGCGGAAUAUUCAGCGUCCACAAGUACUGGGAGUCAUCAUUACGUUUCACUACAUAAUUUCAAUUACAUCCGAUGUGCUAGCGGGAAAAUUUCUUGCGCCAGAGGUUGUUCUCUAUGUGUGUCAGUCUGCUUUUAUUUUAUGGGGAAGUUUUCUAUUCUUUAGUUACUUGCUGAUAUUCCGAAGGCUACACAGAUCUGCUGUACGUGUUUCCAAAGAAAUAAAUCAUCUAAGUCUUAUUUCAAAUGCAAUGUCUACGCCGGCGAAUGAAUUAGAACUUAAGAAACCAAAAGUGCGGUGGGGUAGUGCAGUGCGAGUAACACUCAUCACAGCAUUACUCGGAUUAGGCUUAUGCGGCCUUCAGCUGUACGGCAUGCUAGUGGUGUAUGCGCCAAACGCGGAGGAAGAGCCGCAGCCCUGGCCUUGGUGGAUAUACCAGACCAUCUUCAGGGCGUGCGAAAUCGGUAUGUGUAUUACAAUGUGCUUUGUGGCCACUCAGCCUCUCCGACGAUACAAUCCAAUUGAGAGAGCACAGCCGCAAUAUUCCACCAGAUUUACAAGUUUUAGGUCCCGAUUUUACUUACGUACAUCAACCAAACCGCGUAAAAAUGAAAGAGUCCUCAACAAUUUUGAAAAACCCAAAAGUGGAAACGAUGUUAACUUAUUUGAAACAUCUCCGAAAAAACCAAACUCAGAAAUGAAUGAAACUGAGCCACUAACAACCAUGGAUAUUGGCAAAGGGAAUGUAGAUUUUGAUUGCCAAAAAGACAUGAAACAGAACAAUUUUAUUUAAAUUUGUAUGAGUUUUUAAAGGAAUGAUAUUAAAUACAUGUUUUAAUGCGAAUUUGCAAAGAUAUUGACUAUAUUGCAAAUGUCAACUAGAUUUUAUUAUUAUUAUUAUUAUCAAUAAUAAUUGCUGUAAAAUUAGUGUCACUGUAGGCUGAUAUUGAUGCAUGCGGUUGGUACAAUAGGAAGAUGAAAACCACAAUAUCAUUUCCUUCGCGUCCAUUAACCUAGAAAAAAACGUAAUUUCUGAAUUGCCUGCAUGGUUCUGGUCAUGCCAUUACUUUCUAUGCUGCGAAAAACACCUGAGUCAUCCUGCAACUUACUGUAUCUUAAGUUUUUCCAUUAUUUUUUCAAGCAUUAUCCAAAACGUGGUUUCUGACUUAACAUUAAAAACAUUGCUGCAACAUCUUGUGUAAACAUUAUUUUCUGAUAUAGCCUAUAAACAAUGAUAUCGUUUUUGUGUUUGCCAAGUUUUUUUUUUAUAGGAAAUGCCUGAUGAUGUACUAUAUAGGGCUUCUUUGUAAUAACAGUUGAGGUGGUACAGUGCUCAUCAUAUGAAGUCAGGACUUGUACAUUAUUAGAUUCUAAUGAGAAGAUUCUAAUAUAUAAGUAGGCAUACAGCUUUUAAGACCGCCACUGCAAAGAUAUAUCAUUCACUGCAUGUAAAUUAAAUUAUUUAAAACUCUAAAUUACAACUUAAAAAUUGGCCAAUUUGGUGCUUUAUCAGCCUGUGUAAAAUACAGUAGAACUCCUCCUCUUGGAUACCUUUUCAUGAUGCACCCCUAUGAUUUAAUAUUAAGGGACACUUUUGUACAGUAUAUUUAAUUUGGGAUGUUCCACACUGAUUAUUAAUUAUUAAAGACUUAUUGAAUUCUAGUUGUGCAUAGUGAUUUCCUGAACAAAGUGAAUUGUGGGUCAGUCUAUUGUAUUUAUUAUUGAAUUGUGUUUAGUGUUGACGAACAGUAGCACUUCCUUUUAUGGAAUUUGGCUCCACCUACAAUAUUUACUGAGUUACAAUACUAACAGCCACAGGCACAGUACUUGCUGUGCUAUAUUAUACAUCAAUGAAAUUCUCCUCUGAAUUAAAUUGAAGGUCGACCACACUGUUUUUUUCCUGCAAUAUAAACGUAGAAAUAGACUUUUGAUUGCCACAGUAAUAUUUGCAAUGAAUUUUUUUUUACAUGUAUUAUUUACUGGUACAAUGUACAUUUACAAAACUGUAAUAUAUUGAGAAUGGUAUUUUUUUUUUUUUUGUUCUUUGAUAUUAAUUAUCACACCUUUGUAUACUUUUCAUAUAGAAAUAACUUGCAUGUCAAGUCUGAAUUUAAAAAAAUUCAAUUGAUUAUUGAAUUGCUAUUUUUAAAAAAUCAAAAUAAUUUUAGUAACUUCUGGUGCUGGUUAUUGUGUUUAUCAAAAAAAUUGAUGUUGUAUUCCAUAAAUACUAUUUAUUUAUUUAUUUAUUUAACCAUAUUUCAAGUGACCCAUCCAGCAUUGCUGAUCAUUAAACUUAAAACAAUACAUGAAGUAAAGAACAAGAAUCACUUAAUUACAGACCAAUUUUUAAAAUUUAGAUAUUAAAGAUAAUUUGCUAAAAUUUGAACAUACAGUAAUUUAAAAGAUUAAUUAGAUUACUAGUCAAUUUAGAAAAGUUUAUAUACACAAAAAAAAUAAGAAUUGUAAAAUAUGUCAAUUCAUUUGUGAAACAAUUAGCAUACUGCAUGCUAUUUAUAUACUGUAUAUAAUUUACAAUUACUGUAUAUAAAAUGUUUAUAAAUUGUUUUAUUGCUUGAUAAAGUAUCACAGCCGAUAUACAGUAUAAAGACAUAUGAAAAAAAAAUUAUAAUAAUGUGUGCUAUGUUACAACUGCCAAAACUGUCUUCUCUUCCCUGUCGAAAUCUGUUCUCCUUUCUCUCUCUGAAAGUUCUCCAUUUGUCCUAUAAAUAGGCUAUCUUCUAUCUGUGGAUUCAUGUACCUUAAGCCAAUGGUCCCAAAAUAACCGAGACAAAAAUAUUUGUUUUAAGAAAUUGAAAAAAAAUAAAUGAAUUGGAUCACAAUAUUUUAUGGAUAUUGCGUUAACAAGAAAAAUCAAAUUACUUUGAUAUCUAUAGAUGACAUAAUGGUGAGGAUGGGGAUAUGUCCCGUAAGUAUAAUUUUUUCUUACUAUUAAAAUAGAAUCUGAAACUACUGUAUUAAGCUACAGUACAUUUACACUAGACACGAUUACGACACGAUACAGAUGCGUGCAGUGUUGAAGAAUAGAAGCUACGCGAUGACAUGUCGUCGUGUCGUUAUCGUGUCUAGUGCAAAUGUAGCUUUACACCCCACUCCUGAGCCCUGGUAACUGCAGUAUGUAUUGCUGGCUUUUCUAAUUUUUAUAUUAAAAUUCCAUUUCAACUGUUUUUUUAAAGACAUUAUUUUGGUAAUGUACAGUAUAGCUGAUAAUGUUUGCAUGCAGAUGUACUAAUACAGUACAGUAGUUCAUAUCAUUUUUGCAAUUCAUUCCUUGAUCACUGCGUAACUGUGUGUUUGGCCUGAUAAGUACAUAUAUCAGAAAGUACCUACUCAAUAUUUUGUUAGUACCACUAUGUGUAACAAGUUCCAGGAAACUUCCACACUUUAAUGUAGAGUGUUAAUUAAUAGACUAUUUUAGUGCUUUCGAAUAUAUCAAACUAAUAGUGAAUUAUCUUCAAGUAGAUAUAAAAUUUCUGUCUAUAGCUUUUAUAAUAGCUCUAUUAAGGACAUCUUUUAAAGACACAGAGUUAUUCAGGACAUUUAAAUCUCGGUCAAGGGUUUACAACUGAUUGCAUGAUCGUUAACCCAGAAGACAAUUUUACGGUAAUUUAGAAUAGCGUUAAAGUUUUUUUCUCCAUAGACACAGUAAGUAACUAUAAUAACAUGAUUUCCAAAUGAAUAGCAUUUCUAAUGCUGCUGCAACUUGCUGUGUUAACAUUAUUUUCUGACAUAACCUAUCAUUGAGAUAAUGAAAAUGUAAAAAAAAAAAUUAAAGACCAAUUCAUGGUUUUUAGUGGAUUUGGUUUCUAACAUUUGUGAAUUUGGGAUCACAGAAAAGUGAUUUUUAAAUGGAAGUGGUCUUUAAUUGGAGGGAGACCUGUAUUUGAUAUUUGACAGCAAAUUGCAUCUUAUAUUUCGUGUAUCCACAACGUUUAAAACGUUUGUGAAUUUUAUAAUAUUAAUAGGCACCUAACGUUUGUGUUUGCUGGAAUUGCAGCCAAACACGGAUCAUAAACGGACUUUACACAAAUUUGUGAUCAACACGCAAAAAUAUAUUCUUUUUAAUACUGCUCAGUUUAGUUUUCUAAAAACAAUAUUUUAAUAUUAUUUUAUUUGUAGGAUAUGUUUUGCAUUUUACUACUGUACAUAAUAUUGUAUGGAUUUUUGAGUAUUAUAUAAUGUUGAAAACAUUAUAUAUACUUGGCAAGCAUGAUCAAUGCACUGGUGUAUCUAGGAUUCUGAAAUGUGUGGGGGUCUAGCUGAUGGGAGGGGAAAGGUGAAGUGGGGGAUCGAUGAUUAAGUGAGGGGGUUCUUCUGUUCUUCCAAAAUAAGUAGACAUGAGGUAAUUUUUAUCUCCUUGAGGGAGAGACUGGGGGGUAGGGACCUGCAAGUUUUUUAAAGGGCGUGUUCCCCUCAUGCCUUCCCCUAGAGGCGCCACUGGAUUGAUGCAUAAAGUUCAAAAUUGGUAAAUAUUCUGGCAAAAGCGUGUACAUAAAUUGAAUGUUCUUGUUGGUUGUAAAUACUUUUUUAACUUAGGCAAUAUAAUGUAAUAUUAUCUUGUUAUAGAAUUGACAAAGAGCUACAAAGAUGUCAAUAUCAAUUCAUAUUAUAAAAAUUAAUUGUAAUUUAAAAAUUUGCUGUCUAUACCUAAUUGUCUUGUCAAUACUAGUUUGCAAAAUUAAAUAAAAUGUUUAUGGCUUCUACAGUAUUGCUUAUAGGCCUAAAUAUUGGGGUUUGUUGUUUAAAAAAUAAAUUAUGUUUGAAAAAUAUCAUAUCAUGA